AUGGAUUAUGCAUCACUUCCUUUACAUCCCACUGAUAAUAACUUGCAAAUCCAAUUACCGGUAGCUACUACUACGCAAGGUUUUUUCACUCAUCUCACCACUUUACCUUCAAUUGAUACUGUACCAUCAAAUCAUGCUUUUCCACCCAUUUCUUCUCCCACUAAUUACAGUUCUUCUUCCUUUGCUGAACUUGAUGCCACUCAGCUCUCCAGUACUUCUUAUUACUAUUCACAAUAUCCUAAUUUGCAUUCUCAGUCUUUGUGGCCUUCGGUUGGAAAUCAAACGACUCUUUUUCCUUAUCAUCAAAUUCACCAACAAAAUAACCAGCAGUUUUUAUAUGCACCUCAGCAAAUCCUGCAUUGUCCAACGACGGAUUCUUGCUAUGGAAGCAUUUCAUGCUCAACCGGCACCACAUUUGGGUCAUCUACUGGUGUUUUUGAUUCAUUCAGUGGUAUUAGUGCUGGACUAGCAUCACAGUCAAAUGUCAACCAUACUGCUGCAUUGAAUGUUCCUCAGCAGUUACCUUUUUUGAACAUUAUUGGUGAGCAGCAAUCGCUUACCAGAGAAGUGAUGCAGGACUAUCUGAAUAAUAGUGAAAAAUAUGAUUGCAUUGUUUGUAUAUUCCAUGCCAAAGUAGCCCAAAAAUCUUAUGGAAAUGAAAAAAGAUUUUUCUGUCCGCCACCAUGCAUCUAUCUUUUUGGAGAUGGAUGGAAGCAUAAAAAGAAAAUGGCGGAAGAUUUAUACAAAAGAUAUCGUGAAUACCAAAAGCGAAAUGGGAUUCAAGAGCCAGAUUCAGAUGCUCAGCAGCACAUAAAUCAAGUCCGAUCCACUGAAUUGUGUGCAUUUAUUGGAAUCGGAGCACCGUCUGAACAAGAAAAACAAACACUUGAUUUUUCGAGUAAUAAGGAUUACUGUGCAGCAAAAACAUUGUAUAUCUCGGAUGCUGAUAAGCGCAAGUAUUUUGAGCUUUCAGUGCAGUUUUUUUAUGGGUCUGGCCAUGAAAUUGGAGUUUUCUCUUCUCAACGUAUCAAAGUUAUCAGUAAACCAAGCAAAAAAAAGCAAAGUAUGAAAAACACAGAUUGCAAGUAUCUAUGCAUCGCUUCUGGCACUAAAGUGGCCUUAUUCAACAGACUUAGGUCUCAAACGGUCAGUACACGUUAUUUGCAUGUUGAAUCAGGUGGUUUUCAUGCGAGUUCAACAAAAUGGGGCGCUUUUACAAUCCAUUUGAUUGAGGAUGAUUCCAGUGCAGGGGAAACGGAAGAUUUCAAUGUUAAGGAUGGUUUCAUUUAUUAUGGAGCUUUGGUAAAACUUGUUGACAGCGUUUCAGGAAUUGCUUUGCCUCGUUUGAGAAUUCGAAAAGUUGAUAAACAACAUGUGGUCCUAGAUGCAUCAGCUAGUGAGGAACCAGUCAGUCAGCUUCAUAAAUGUGCAUUUCAAAUGAUUGAUUCAGAUACGAUUUAUCUUUGUCUUUCUCACGACAAAAUCAUCCAGCAUCAGGCUGUACCUGUCGACGCACACAGGCACCAGAUUAGUGAUGGAGCAUCAUGGACCAUUAUUUCGACUGAUAAAGCAAGUCUUACUGGAUGUACAUUAAGAUCAGAUUUUCUAGCUGAAUAUCGAUUUUACGAAGCAAUGGGACCAGUAUGUCAGCCAGUGACACCGGUACCUGUCGUCAACGGAAUGGAACUCUAUGGCGAUGGUGAACUUGCGCGAGUUGAUCUCAUUGGUUCUAAUUUCAGAACAAAUCUUAAGAUUUGGUUUGGUACCAUGCCAGUGGACACUAUUUUUAGAUCAGAAGAAAUGAUGGGCUGCCUUGUACCUCCACUUUCUUCUGUAUGUCCUAAUUGGGUACCAUAUAGCGGUGAACCAGCUACAGUACCUUUGUCUUUGGUUCGUGAUGAUGGCGUUAUUUACUCUACUAAUAUGGUAUUCAGCUACAAGAGUGAAACGAUGACGCGAUCGCUGGCAAAUCGGAGAUAUGAAACCAGAAUUUGA